AAAAAAAAGGGGAAAAAGGAAAAGUUAUCUUCUUCCCUCCCCCUAGCUCAACAGACUCACAGUUUGAAUUUCACAUUUACGCCACCGCAACCUCGGAGCUUUCCCGCUAAAGUUCAUCACAACGCAAAAUUUUCUUGGGAAAUCAUCAUUUUCCAAACAGCCAAACUCGCCAAUGGACAUCCUUAAGUCCACUUUCUUUAUCACCACCACCCCACUACUUCCCCACAAACCCUCCGUCCAAAAAGUCCCCAAAACAAAACCCAGAAUCCCCAUUAAGGCCUCUUCACGAGUCCAUCCAGACCCCUGGUCCUUAAGUGACGGGAGCGACAUAACGAAACCGAAACCCAGGUUCAAAAACCCUAAAAAUCCUCUCACAGACGAUAACGCGCGGCGUAUAAUAAAGGCGAAGGCGAGGUACUUGAGUGUAUUGAGGCGGAACCAGGGGUCGAGAGCGAUGACGCCCAAGUGGAUAAAGCGGACGCCGGAGCAGAUGGUGCAGUACUUGGAGGAUGACCGGAAUGGGCAGCUGUAUGCGAAGCACGUGGUGGCAGCGAUAAAGGCGGUGAGAGGGAGGGAUGAGAAGGCGGAUAUGAGAGUUGUGAUGGGGAGCUUUGUGGGAAAAUUGAGUUUUAGAGAAAUGUGUGUGGUGUUGAAAGAGCAAAAGGGUUGGAAACAAGGUCGGGACUUUUUUGGUUGGAUGAAAUUGCAGUUAAGCUAUCACCCCAGCGUCAUUGUUUAUACAAUUCUUUUGCGGUUAUAUGGGCAAGUUGGAAAGAUUAAGUUGGCUGAAGAGGCCUUCUUGGAGAUGCUUGAAGUGGGUUGUGAACCAGAUGAAAUUGCUUGUGGUACUAUGCUUUGUACUUAUGCCAGAUGGGGGCGCCAUAAACCUAUGUUGACAUUUCUUUCUGCCAUAAAAGAAAGGGGAAUUACACUUUCUACUGCUGUAUAUAAUUUUAUGUUGUCGUCUUUGCAAAAGAAAUCAUUCCAUGGAAAAGUGAUAGACUUAUGGAGGCAGAUGGUGGAAGAACAGGUUGCACCAACUGAUUUUACUUAUACCGUAGUCAUCAGUUCGCUUGUUAAAGAAUGUCUUCAUGAGGAGGCUUUGAUGACCCUUACUAAGAUGAAGAGCUCUGGUUUUACUCCUGAGGAGGUAACUUAUAGCCAGCUUAUUAGUUUGAAUACAAGAAAUGGUAAAUGGGAUGAGGCAUUGAAAUUAUACGAGGAUAUGAGAUACGAGGGAAUUGUUCCUAGUAAUUAUACUUAUGCUUCACUUUUAACUAUGUACUACAAGAAUGAAGAUUAUUCUAAAGCCUUAUCUCUCUUUUCUGAAAUGGAAAAAUAUAAAGUCACAGCUGACGAAGUCAUUUAUGGUCUUCUCAUUCGAAUAUAUGGAAAACUUGGACUUUAUGAGGAUGCCCAGAAAACAUUUGAGGAGACCAAACGGCUGGGCCUACUUAGUGAUGAAAAAACUUAUUUGGCAAUGGCACAAGUCCAUCUCAAAAGCGGGAAUGUGGAGAAAGCUUUGAAUGUUAUUGAUGUUAUGAAAUCCAAAAACAUUUGGUUCUCAAGAUUUGCUUAUAUUGUCUUGUUGCAAUGUUAUUCCAUGAAAGAGGAUUUGGCCUCUGCUGAAGUCACAUUUCAGGCUCUCUCCAAGACUGGACUUCCUGAUGCUGGUUCUUGUAAUGACAUGCUGAAUUUGUAUGUAAAAUUAGACUUAACAGAAAAUGCCAAAGAUUUUAUUGUCCAGAUAAGGAAAGAUGGAGUGGUUUUUGAUGAGGAGCUUUACAAGACAGUUAUGAGAAUUUAUUGCAAGAAUGGAAUGGCAACAGCGGCUGAGCAGCUAAUGGAAGAGAUGGGUGAAAAUGUGUCUUUCAAGGAUAAUUACUUUUUCCAAACUUUUUUUAAGACUAUGCAUGGGGGAUCUUUGAGAACACAAUCUGAAGACAAACUUUUGGCCUCCAACCAACCUGACCAUAUGGCUCUGGGGCUGAUGCUUAGUCUGUAUCUGGCAGAUGGUAAUUUCAGUAAGACAGAAGAAAUCCUGAAGUUAUUGCUUGAAGUGGCUGGUGGCUCAUCUGUAGUGAGUCAACUCAUUAGCAACUUUGUGAGAGAAGGUGAUGUAUCUAAAGCAAAAUUUCUAAAAGAUCGGAUGACAAAAUUGGGCUGCAGACUGGAGGAUGAUGUUAUUGCCUCUUUGAUUGGUUUAUAUGGGAAGCAACAAAAGCUCAAAGAGGCGCAAGAUGUCUUCCAAGAAGUAGCAGGUUCAUCAAAACCUGGGAAAUCAAUUAUAAAAUCAAUUAUCGAUGCAUAUGCUAGAUGUGGUAAAGCUAUGGAAGCAUACUUGAUAUAUGAAGAAGUAACUGCACAAGGGCAUCAUUUGGAUGCUGUUGCUAUGAGCAUACUCGUGAACACGUUAACUAAUUGCGGCAAAUAUGAAGAAGCAAAGAAUAUUAUUCUUAAGAGUUUCCAUGAUGGCACAGACCUUGACACUGUGGCUUAUAAUACCUUUAUUAAGGCAAUGCUACAAGCAGGUAAAUUACAUUUUGCAGCCAGUAUUUAUGACCGUAUGCUUUCUUUGGGAGUUCCUGCAUCAAUUCAGACAUACAAUACAAUGAUUAGUGUGUAUGGACGGGGUCGGAAACUGGAUAAAGCUGUAGAGAUGUUUAACAGAGCUCGCAGCUCGGGUAUCUUGCUUGAUGAGAAGGCAUACAUGAAUCUUAUCAGCUUUUAUGGGAAGGCUGGUAAAACACUUGAAGCAUCCCUUCUAUUCUAUAAAAUGCAGGAAGAAGGGAUAAACCCUGGGCUGGUUAGCUACAAUAUUAUGAUCAAUGUAUAUGCUGCUGCGGGACUUUAUCAUGAAGUUGAGAAACUUUUCGAAGCCAUGCAGAGGGUUGGCUUUGUACCUGACUCUUUCACAUAUCUUUCCCUUGUUCGCGCUUAUACAGAGAGUUUGAAAUACUCUGAAGCUGAGGAAACCAUCAAUUCUAUGCUGAAGCAAGGCAUUUCCCCCUCUUGUUCACAUUUUAAUCAUUUGCUAUCUGCUUUCUCAAAAGCAGGUCUGAUAGUAGAAGCUAAUAGAGUGUUCGAGAAACUACUGUCAGCUGGUUUAAUUCCUGACCUUGCAUGUUAUCGGACUAUGAUGAAAGGUUACAUGCAUUAUGGAUGUGUUGAAGAAGGAAUCAGCUUUUUUGAACAGGUUAAGGAAUCUGCAGAACCAGACAGGUUUAUUUUGAGUUCAGCUGUGCAUUUAUACAAGUAUGCAGAGAAAGAAAUUGAAGCUAACAGUAUCCUGGAUUCUAUGAAAUCUUUGGGGAUCUCGUUCCUGAAAAACCUUAAAGUUGGAUCAAAGAUGAGACCCUCAUAACACUUGUUUGGACAAGUUUUUAAACAAAGAAGUCUAAUACUUGAUCAAGGGUAAAAGGCUAAUGACGAUAAGUACCAGAUAGCUGUAUUUUCGUUGGAGACAUGGUAGUUGGAUAAGACUUAACCAAAGCACAAAGAUGUCCUCUGGUGUAUGAGGUUGAUGGACAAGUGCUGUACAGUUGCAUUUAAGAAGUGACCUGGCACUGGAAUCAGGUUGUCCAGUAUAUAGCCUUUCUUUGUCAAGAGUUUAUGAGCUCUGUUGUAUAUGAAAACUCAAUCACAGUGGCGGAAAAAAUCAUUGACCUGGGGUCUUUAACAUUAUUGACUAUAGAUGGAUGACCCUGGUUAUCUUAAACUGGGAGGUCAUACUGGCGUAUGCAUCUGCAUCAUUUGUGGCUGAUAUAUGGAAAAUUAUGGUAUUGGCUACUGACUUUUCCAGAUUUUUAAAUAUGUUGUUAGUCUAAGGGUGCUGGUAUUUAUCUUUAAAUGCUGGAUUGCAUUUGUGUGACAACUGCAGCCCAAUAAAAAAGUUGAUCAGCUGCUGCAUCCAUAAAAUAUCUAGCAGUGGUGAUUUCAACAUGCAUGUGAAUUCAACUCCAUGGAAUUUUCUUGGAGAUAACUGGUAUCAUCUGUCUGGUGGAUUGGAGGACAUGCUUGGGCAAUGCCAUCUGAACAUGACACUGAAGGUAUUUUGAACUUGCUACCAGUGAGUCUCAUGGCUCUAUUCCUGUAAGCAUCCCCAACAAUAAGAGCCAUAACUUAGUUUCAGAAAGGAUGUUUUAUCAGGGGGAAUCAUUGUACACUCGACUGAAAAGUUAAAUAUCAUCCUCACUCACCGUUAGAAAUUUCUAAAAUCCUUCUGAAAACGUCUGUAGAUAAUGGAAUAUUGGAAUUUAGUGAUCUCUCAGGGAGUCGAUGGUGUAGUUACCUACCUUGUACAAGAUCAUCAAAACUAUUUAUUUGUUAUAAUAUAGAAUCAGUUUGGUU